CAGUAAUGGACGGUGCUUCGCGCUGGCGGGAAGUCUGGACCGGACCUCUCCCCCCGCCAGAACAUGACGGUCGAGAAGGCCCGUUGGCAAAGGACUAUAAACACGAGGCACUUACCCGCCGCUGCUUCAAGGUCCAAGAAAGACGGGAUUUGCCUCUGACGCCUGCGAUUGAUUGCGAGACGCGCCGCCCAGAAGCUGCCUGCUGCUGCUGUUCAGGCGCAAGACGAGAGACAUCGAAGCUGUCGUCGCGAAGAAAAAGACCAGGGAAAAGAGAGCUACAGCGAAGACUUACCUACCACCUACCUAGACAACAAUUGAAGAAUUCCCCUUGUUUGAUUUAAUCCUUCUAUCCAUCCUUCAUCUCUAUCCUCAUUAUUCUCUUUUCUCCGUACCCUCCUCGACUCUUUGUGGCUGCAUCAGCGCUCGCUCCAUCCUAUCACGGUCCCACGUCUGGAACAAUUUUUUAUGCCCGGCCAUUGAGCUCGGCCAGCCCCAGGUAACCGUAACCUCGCAGCAACCCCACUUCCAACCCUCAAUCAGCGCCUGGCGGCUUGGCUAGCUCUGGUCGCAGCGGGCGGCAGAAUCCGCUGGUCGUCUCUACCCGGCGUACACCGUCCGCGGGUUGUGAGCGGCGGCCUCGUCCAUCUCUGAGGCUCCAAGAGCCCCAGCAAAGACGCCAGCUCUGAGCACCGCGCCCUCCCAUUGUGCAGCUUUGUUUCCCACUAGGAGCGCUGCAAUCCCGAGAAUCCGACGAUAGAAGUGUAUAAAUCGACAGGGCCACCGUGGCGGACGAAAUACCGGCUCGACAUCACUUCCAUAUCACCUCCACGUCACUCGCUGUCACUCGCUAUCACCCGACCCAGCCGUAUUCUAUCCGACAGCAGUGUGUGCUCGCCCGCCUUCGCCCCUCCCCCGCCGACAAGGCCAGUCGCUUCGCCGCCCCGUCGUCGCCUUCCACCGAAUCCUGCCUGGACCAGGGCGCGCGCUCCAGCAGCCAGCCCGCCCGACUGCUCCGAGGCGCGACGUCCUGCCAGCCUUGCCUGCGCCCCGGCGCCUAAACCCAGCGCUAUCCGCCGGCGACAACAACAACACGAUCCCCGGCCACGUAGAUACCUUGGGCACGCAUCCGCUCCGUCGGGAACGACACAGCAGCGAGCGGGUUGCUGGACAUCCCCUCCCCGUCUAUCGCUUCGCGACUUUGUCGCGCGAGCGGCUGGCCGCAGCAGCCGCAGCAGCCCAUAGUCCCACCCUGAUCUCCCAGCGGUCCGAGGCCCCCGGCUCGCAUGUACCUCUCCAUGUCUCCGCCGAACCCGAGGAAGCGGGCCCUUCCAGAUUCCGGACCUGUCACUGUCCCGGUCCAGCCGUACCAGUCGCCCUACGCCUCUCCCCCGGACCAGUUCUCGCGCUGGAACCCCGCAGGCUCGGAUGCCGACUUCGUCGUCUCCGACUCGUCCAAGCCCGCUACCCCCACCAUUCCGCCUUUCAUAAUGUCCGCCCCGAAUCAGUUCCAGUCCGCCCAGGGUUUCCCCCAGCCCACGCCGACCCCCUCCAAUGUCGUCGCCCGGCGCCCAGCCGCACGCGCCCUCGUGCCGACUGCCGGCCGACCCCAGUAUGAUGGACUUUCCGACCCAUGGCCCAGCUUUGGGGACGACGGCGCCCUGAUCCCGCAGCCCGCCUCGGCGGCCCCGGUCGAUGAGAACGACAACAUCCAGCUUCUUGAGGAGAAGGCCGCCAGGGCAAAGAGGGAUGCCCAGGCGAAUCGGAAACAAAUCCCCCCCUUCGUGCAGAAGCUGAGCAGCUUCCUCGAAGAGGCCAAGAAUACAGAGCUCAUCAGAUGGUCGCAACAGGGCGACUCGUUCAUAGUGCUGGAUGAGGAUGAAUUCGCCAAGACGCUGAUUCCAGAGCUCUUCAAGCACAACAACUAUGCCUCCUUUGUGAGGCAACUGAAUAUGUAUGGCUUCCACAAGAGGGUCGGGCUGUCGGACAACUCGAUGAAGGCCAGCGAGCGGAAGAACAAGAGCCCGAGCGAGUACUACAACCCCUACUUCAAGCGGGGUCAUCCGAACCUGCUGUGGCUGAUCAACAAGCCCAAGAGCGGCGGCGGCAAGAGGAAGGGGAAGAAGGACGAUGGCGACGGCGACAGCGAGGAGGAGGUAGUCACCGAGGACACACACUCCCAGGCCUUUGUCGGCCCAGCACAGCCUGGCCCCACGAGGCCAACCGGCUCGGCAGCAGACGCCUCAGCGAGCGCGCUCCAGAAGAAGGACCUGCAACUUGUAAGAGACCAGGUCGGCCAGUUACGCAGUCAGCAGCGGGCCAUCCACGAUAUGAUCCAGCGGCUGCGCUCGGACCAUAACCAGCUGUACCAGCAAGCCGUAGCGUUCCAGAACAUGCAUGAGCGUCAUGAGAAUUCCAUAAACGCCAUUCUCAACUUCCUCGCCAAUGUGUUCCGCAAGUCGCUUGAGGAACAGGGCGGGUCGCACAGUGUGUCGGACCUACUUGCCAGCAUCAUCCCAAACGCCAACAUGCCGCAAGGGAGCGUCGUCGACCUCGGCGACUUCGUCCACCGGCAGGCGGGCGACCACACCAACGCGGCAAGCCCUCCUAAGAGGCCUCAGCGACUGUUGCCCCCCAUUCCUCGCUCGGGGCCAGCCAGCAUCGCGGCCUCGUCCCCAGCCUCGGCAGCGUCGCCAGCCUACGGCGGCGGCGGGCCGCGCAUGGGUCAGGUCACGGAGUUGCUGGACCUGCCCACCGACGCAUCUGCAGCAGAUUUCCUGAAGCAUGCCGUCGGGAGCCCCCAGGAGCAGAUGAUGAGGAUAAUCAACGACACCAACGCCGGCGCCGCGACGGGCAUCGACCUGUCGGAUGUGGCGGCCAAGACGCCUGUCACCAUGAACAGCGACCAGCGCAACCAGGUCAUCAACAUCAUGGCCCGCCAGGCAUCGGUGCCCAAAACAACAAGCCCUUCGGUGUCGGCCAGCAUGGCCACUGCCGGCCCAACGUCGACCCCUACUUCCUCGAACCCCUCGUUCAUGCCGAUCCCGUCUCGGGAGAUAAAGGGAUCCCCACCACCUCCUCCACAGCCACGGAUCCCCACAAGCGCGCCUCCUGCCCGCAACUCGCUCUCUCCCGUCAUGCCGUCGCUGACACCGCCGCCGCCGCUGCUUGACGAGCUGGGUAGGUCACAAGCGGAGUUCGAUGCGCUUCACCGGCUCCAGGAGGACCAAGACCACAAGAUCGACGAGUUGACGCACAUACUAGGUCCGCUCUCGCCAUCGGGCCACAUCCCGGGAAUCGACAACGCCGGCAACCCGACACACAACGCCGCAAGCGGCUACUUCCCCGAGAAUAUAGAUAUUGACCAGUUCCUCGAUCCCAGCGCGUUUGCGAACCCGUUGGGCGGCUUCGAUGGCACUGACUUUUCGGGCGUGAACCCAAUGGACGGCGACGAGUUCAACUUCAGCCUCGACGCACCGUUCGACGGUGGAGCGGCGAUGGCCCCCCAGCACGGCAACAUGGGCCCUGGGAUGGCCAUGCACAAUGGUACCCCCAGCCCGGCGGCAACGGAGGAGAUCUUCCGGAAUGAUCUCAGGGACAGUCCUGCCCCAGAACCAAAGCGCCGACGUGUCGGCUAGUGGUUAACGGCUUUGUCUUGGAGACGGCUGCCAGAGUAGGGCGUGCGUCACAUGGCGCGGCGUAGCUUCUACCUACCAGCUACGUACUCACAUACUUGGAGGAUCAAGUUAUGCGAUGACGCGGCCUGGCUGAUCAGUCGACUGCGCCCAGGUCACUGUCCGCCACCCGCACACUAUGAGUCUUUGCAUCUCGCCUCUCAUUGUUUUUUCUGUCCUUUUUCUUUUUCUUUUUUCCACACAACUCUUCGUCUCCCGAGUUUGGAAAUCUCGGAGGAUGGGAUUACUCCCCAUCAUCGCAGGGCAGCAGACCACGCGCCUAGCAACACAUACCAUUUCAAUGUCAUUACUUCUUGAACCGCCAACGAAUCUCGUUUGUCGGCUUCUCUGGCUCGGGGACGGACUGGCAGGGAUCAUGCGUAUUCUGUUCCUAUUUCGUCUUGAUUGCCCCCCAUUUCUCAUCACCACUCCUCCCUUGUCAUGUCCUGUAGGGCAAAAAGACGUGCUCUUCGUGCCUGGGUGGCUGUUUUGAGCUAAAUUGGGAUUUUAGCGGUCUGAAACAUAAAAAAAAACUUUGGCGAAACGGUGCGGCUGCGGGUGUUUUCUCGUAGAGGAUUGGGUCGCACGCCCAUCGCUUGUCUGUCGGGAAGGACGACGAGUCAGGGCAGGGCAUUGCAUAUUGAAUAGGGAGCUUUUCGAGGCUGGGUACCCCUCACGGCGACAGCGGGAGCGCUCACAUCUAGAAAGAUGUCUGGUCGAAUAGAUGGAUGGGGAGUAGAGGUUGCUGAACAAGUCGGGGAAGAAGAGGAAAAUAGAACGGCAAUGGCUUACCAGGCUCUACAUCUUUCUAUCACCCAUUGAAAGGUAACACCAAUACACUUCGUACAUGUGCUUGAAGGUUGCUGACGAGGUAGAAUAUUUCUUGGGCUG